AAGGAAAGGGAGAGACAGAGAGAAGAGGAAGAGAGAAAGAGGAAAGAAGAGAAGGGAGAAAGACAGAGAGAAGUGGAAGGGGAAAAGGAGAGACAGGUAGAGGAAGGAGAGAGGGGGAAGCUUAGGAUGAAAGAGGAGAGAUUGAGAGAGAAGGAAAGGGAGAAACUCAAAGAAAAAGAGCGAGAAAUGGAAAUACAGAGAGAGGAGGAAAGGAUGCAGGAAGAUGAGAUAAAGAGAGAAGAAGAUCGGGAGAAAGAAGAAGCAGAGUCCCCAAUCCAAUUCAUCACUCUUAAACCUGACCAACCUCCCAAGCUAGAGCCUCCUUCUCCCUCAACUACCGUCCCCAUCAUAGAACCCAUACCAAAGGAAGAGAAGCAGCCUCACAUCGAGGUGGUCUACGACGACUUCUCUGUCAAAGAGGAGAAGCCUCUUAUCAAGAUGGUCUAUGAUGAUUUCUCCGUCAAGCCCCGGCGGUGGGGGUCUCAGGCCAGGUUCCUUGCUGACCGUGCCCAGGUCGAGCCACCCUCCCAUGGAACAGAGGAGCCUGAGUCACUGGGCUCCUCGGAAUCCGACCCCCAGAGAACCGUUGUUGACACCCAGGAGCCAGCCCAAGAGAGUCCAGUCAGCGUCGAACCUCACCCAGCCGAGAGGGAUCUAGAGGGGGGAGUCCUCACCCCAAAGGACGGGACAGAGAAUAAGGAGGAGGGCACCAGCAUGGACACGGAGGAGGUUCAGUUGACGUGUUAUGUGGGGGCAGAAGAGGGGCGUGACACAGAGGCUCUGAAUGGUGGAGAGCCAGACAAGCAGUACGGGGGCUGUGACACGAGACUGUCUGAGGAUGACUGUCGGCAGAAAACAGAGGACCAGAUCUCGCCUGUCAUCACACCAGAUGAGCCUGACAGUACUUCUCCACUAGAAGAAACAGAGGACCAGAUCUCGCCUGUCAUCACACCAGAUGAGCCUGACAGUACUUCUCCACUAGAAGAAACAGAAGACCCAUUACCCUUUCCUGAAAUCUCCGCCCCUCUAUUGGACACAAGUCUUCUGCGUGCGAGGGCAGAGCUGAGAAAGAGUCGACGAACCCGCCCCACUCGAGCUUUCCGUCAGAGCUCUACCACAAUAAUGCUUGAGGAAGACCCAGUCCACGACUGGAGGUUCUAUGACUCCUCCGAUACACACAAGUGGCUAGAAGAUAAGCUAGACUCUCUGAUACGGGGGGAUUGUGAGUCUGAUGAGGAGCAGCCCAGAGGGAGGGAGGUUUGUUCACAACAUUCCCAGCCCCAGAGAAUAGCCCUCUUCUCUGGAAUGGACCCGUCUGCCCUCAAGGCCCAACUGAAGAAGCGAGGAGGUGGUGGUGGAGGAGGUGGUGGAGCCGGUGGAGGUGAAGGAGUAGACACAGACCGUCAGAUGGACAGACUUGCCCCGUCCCCCUCUCAACUCUCCCGCUCUCCAAAACGUUCCUCCUUCCUCCCCGGGGGGUCACGAGUGCUGCCCCCUGUAGGGAACAAAGGUGCAGGGGGGGACAAGUUUCCUUCAUGGCUGCGAGAACUCAAGUCUAAGAAGCGCUCGAGUCAAUACAACAGUGAGGCCUAGCUGAGCAGAGCAGGGAGAUACCAUUGACAAGGUGAUCAUUCAACUGCUACUGCAGUUGUUGCUGACAAACACAGCUGUGGGCUGGACUCCAAUCAUGUACCUUUUCAAAAACACACUUUUUUUAAUGAAUGAACUAUGCAAGACAAUGGAGAAGCAUUGGAUACUUCCCUGCGUUGUGACCAUCUUUUUCCACUUUCCUAUUUGACAAAGGAACUAUGAGCAUGUAGAUACUUUAUUUGCAACACACACACACAAACACACAUACAGACACAUACACAGAUGAUUCGAGGAGUGGACUCAAAAUUCCCUUUUCUGUUAAUUUGCAACAUUUGCCUCUUAUCCCAGGCCACUGUAUUUUCUAGACUGUAUCUCUCCAUCCAUCCAUACUUGCAUUCCAGAUUCGCUUGACGUAAUUACCAUGUGUGUUUAGGUCAUGCACACUAAUAUCCACAAUACCACGAUGUUCACAAACCUACUUGAAUUGUACAUGUUUUGCCAUGUUAUUUCUUGUUUUGAACUAACCCAUCUGUUUCUCUGCUCUUAUGUUAUGCACUCACUCGCUGCUCGGAUGAGCUGCUCUUGAUAAAAGCAUCUGCUAGAUAAAUUGAAA